AUAAACUCACUUUACAGGAACUCUUCAACCUGAUGGCAGCAAACACUCCGAUCUCUGAGCAGGACUUGCUUUGUCCUCAGUGCUCUGAGAUUUAUUGUGUUCCCGUUCUUUUAAAAUGCGGCCACAACAUUUGCAGAGUUUGUUUACACAAAUUCUGGGAAUGGAAAGGAUGUCGAGAAUGUCCUGUGUGUGGCUCCGUGUCUGUCCCCGGGAGGCCACCUAUCAAUUUGGCACUAAAGAUAGCUGCAGAUGAGUAUCAAGUGCGAAGGACCAGCAGGGAUGGAGAAGUUUGCUUUCUUCACAACGAGAAGCUGAAGGUUUUUUGCAAAAAUGACGAGGAGCCCAUCUGUCUUGUCUGCCAGGUAUCAAAGCAGCAUAAAGUGCAUGAGUGCUGCCCAGUGGAGGAGGCAGCUCACCAGAAAAAGACAGAAAUUUCAGCCAUGCUAGAAUCCUUGAGGAAAAAACUCAGACUACUGAACAAGACUAAGGAGCAGUGGGAGGAAACAAAAAAAUACAUUCAGACCCAAGUGUUUCAAAAUGAGACAGCCAUUAAGGCGGAGUUUGAGAAGCUCCACCAGUUCCUCUGGGAGGAGGAAAAAACUCGAUUGAAGGUGCUCAAACAGGAGGAGGAAACAAAGAUCCAGGUGAUGUGCAAGAAGCUGGAAGACAUCGACGGUCAGAUUAAAACUCUUUCCUCCACCAUCAGUGACACCGAGGCAGCACUGACAGUGGAGGAUUUACCUUUUUUAAAGGACUACAGGCAGACAAAGAAACGGGCCAAAUCCAACAUUCGAGAGCCAGAAUGUGUCAGAGCUAUUCUGAUCAAUUCUGCACAGCAUCUGGGACAACUUAAGUUUGGAAUUUGGAAGAAGAUGGCCAACAUUGUCAAAUAUGUUCCAAUCACUCUGGAUCCAAACACGGCCCAGUCCAACUUAGCGUUCUCUGAAGAGCUGAGCUGUGUGCAGUACAGCAGUAAGCAGCUGCUUCCCGACAACCCUGAACGCUGCACCAGCCGUGUGUGUGUGCUGGGAGCCGCUGGUUUUAUAUCUGGAAAGCACAGCUGGACCGUAGACGUGGGCCAAGGCAAAGACUGGUACAUCGGAGUGGCCCAAGAGUCCAUCAAAAGGAAGAGCACCAUCUUCCUCAACCCCGCUGAGGGUUUCUGGGUAAUUGGCCUGUGCAAUGGAGACUCAUUCUGGGCUCAGACGUCUUCUCGCACCAGGCUGACGAUGAAGCAGAAGCCCGAGAGGAUUACUGUGGAGGUGGACUGUGACAAAUCAAAGGUAGUUUUCAUCAACGCUGCUGAUUUGACAGUGAUUCACACAUUCAAAGACAAAUUUACAGAGAGGAUUUUUCCGUAUUUCUCCCCUGGACUGUGUACGGACAGAAAAAUGUCGAGUCCACUGACCAUCUGUCCAAUGACGAUCAAAGUGGAUGUAGAAUAGCUUCACACACAGCAGACACGUCUCUCCUGAGGUUUUCUGUUAGGAGUGUGUGCUAUCGGUAGUGACAAAAAUGACAAAGAAGUUGAGCUGUGAAUUAUUAUCAAGAACGUGAUUUGAUGAACAAAUGUAUACCAUAUGCAUCCAGAAUCAUUACAUUUGAUCAAAUGACACUAGAAAUAUUUUCAGUUUCAACUGUUUUAUCUUUUCAGAAUGGAAACAUUAGUUUUGUUAAAUCAUAGAGUUCAUUUGGUGACAUUAACUGUCCUUCUCCUUGGCUUUUUGUUUCCUUUGUGAUGCCAUGUCUUUUAGUUUAGAGUCCAGUUUUCUUUGCAGAUAGGCUUUUUUAUUGGGGUCCAUGGAUUUGUCUUUCUUCCCACUACCGGCAUAAAGAACGCCCUCUUUGCUUAUCCUCAUUCGGGCAUGAGAUUUGGCUUUAUCUCCACAGCCGUGAACCUGAAAAAGUGUUUAGAACAUGACAAUCGGAUUUUUGGGGAAAACACAGAACAGUUAAAUACAAAGAUUUUUAAAAUACUCUCCAGGUGUGGUCUGUAUAUUUUUAGCAGCAAAUGUGUUAUUAUUUCAGGUAAAUCACACCUACAUGGCCUAAAAAAACACAGACACACCAAACCAAAUGCUGCGUGGCUGAGGUCGGCCUCUCACCUCUGGUAUGUGAUGACUGAGACAGUACUGUCUGUUGCAGAACAGGCAAAGCUGUCCCAGUGUCAGCACAGAUGCUUUACAUUUGACAAAGCUACAAACGCUGUCAGCCUUCACGACAGCGCUGAUCAGCGUGUCAAAGUCAUCAUCUGGAGCAGCGGCAGCAGCGAUGUCGCAGGCGCCAGCCUUGGUUCGGUUCUUUCCUGGGAGGGAAAAAUGCAGAAUUGAACAGAUGCAUACAGCAUGCAUAAGAAAACACUUUAAGAUGUUUCUCUUAGAAGUUUGCAAACCUUUGGCUUUCUUUGAUGACUGGCUGUGAGCUGGAGGAUUGUGGUUCUGCUGCUUUUUUUGUUGAGCAUUUUCUUCCCUUUUCUGCUGCUCCCUCUUCAUUCUCUCCAAAUGUAAACUCUUCAGGUCUAAUGCAGGUGGACAUGACGGAUCACUUUGGGGAUCUGGGACCGUUUCCUCUUCCUGAGCUUCUUCUUGGUGCGUCGGUUCCUCAGCUGGUGUUGACUCCAGAGGCCUGGAGACAGUGAUAGACCGGUCGCUCCCCUCUCCUUUGCUCUCAUGAACGAGGCCCAGCUCCUCAGCAAUCUGAUGGACCAGCAGCCGGUCAUGAGAGUUAAAUGAAGACGGAAACUGUAGCUCCCUCUGAUUCAGGCCCUUCAUAAAGCUCUCCACCUGCUGUCUGAUCUCAGCAUAUCUGCUCUCAUUCUGCUCUUGUUCUAUCUUUGAUGAUGUGUAGGACUUUGUGUGCUUCUCUGAACCAGCAAUAUUUUCCUUAUUGCUGCCACCGGUGGGUUUCUUCUGUCCCUGCUUUACCUUACUGGAAGGCUGAUCUCUGACCUUCUGUUUGGUAGAUGAGGAAGUGCUGGCAGACGCUGUCUUUGUGUCUUUGUGGUCGCGGGUGUAGUUCUGUGGAACGAUAUCUUGAAUAUACUCGAAUGCUGUUCUGACCUCGCCAAACUUAGUCAUGUGGUCGAUCAGGGAUUUCAGGAAAGCGUGAUUCUGGACAGUCUGUGUGUCACAAACAACAGCAAUGUGGCGUCUUGCACGUGUAACAGCGACAUUUAUCCUCCUGUCCUCUGCCAGAAACCCAACUUCACCUGACAUAAAGGAAUUAAAAAACAUGUUUGUAAGUGAACGGAUCAAUGAUCCAUGUUCAAUUGGACAGAAUCAACAAGUCUUCACAUUCAGAAAUUACCUUUUCUGUUGGACCGAACUAAUGACAGAACAACAGCUUCCUUCUCUCUGCCCUGAAAACCAUCCACUGACUUUAUCUCCAGCUCUGGGUGCCUCGCGGAAAGUUUCUGACGUAGAAGAUCAACCUUAACAGAGAUUAAAAAAAUAAAUAAAAACAAGCAUUAAAUGACAACAUACAAUGAUUUUAAGACAGCACAGUUUGAUCCUUUGGAUAUUUGGGUGUUCCUAUUUAUCAAGGUGCUCGUUUGAAAUGUAUUUAUACCUUAUAGAAAGCUUUACAAUAACAGUUUAAAUAUAUUGUAAAACCCAGCUGCUCAAAACUAGAACUGUUUUGACCAUUUUGACAACUGAUUGUAAAAAUGUCAAACAUUCCUCAAUUCCAGUUCCUAAUUUUUGAGGAUUUUGUGAUAUUUUCAGUCAUAUUUGAUAGUAAAUUCCAUAUUUUCUAUGUUUUGGACUGCUGGGUAGAACAAAACAGACAAUCUGUUUUGAGCUUCAAGAAAUUGUUAUGGACAUUUUUUGAUGUUAUCCCUGGCAUUUAAUAGACAAAUAAAUUCAGUGAUCAUGAAAAUGAGUAUCAUUGUAGCCUCAAAUAUGUGCCUUACUUGUAGAUUGUACGGAGCAAUAACAGCAAUGUCUUUAGCUUUGACCCCAGCUUCAGUCAGUGCUUUUAUGUGCAGUUCAACGAUGUCGACCUCACCUGAGGAAACAGUAAACAAACUGUUAAAUCUCAUACCACACAAACAGUAAAAGAAAUCUGCUUUUAUACAAUAAAAAAUGUUUUUAACCUUGA